GACAGAACCUCAACAAACGACUGGCAGAUCCGGUGCAAGGAGUCAUAGACGACCCUUUAAUGCUGCAAUAGUCGUCCCCUUUAGGACCCAGUGGCACGAGGAACGUCCCUCGCGAGGUGAAUUGGACUGACUGAGUACUCCUCUCGAGCGUGACUUCGAAAUCAAGACGACCACACAACAUGCCUCGCGUUUCGACACAAGGCGGAGGCCGCCCGAGCAGGCAAGCGGUGGUGAUGAACAUGGCUCGUGAAAGGAGCAAGGGGUCGCCGAUAAAGUUGGCGUUGAACGAUGAUCGUGGCGAAAAAGCCGCCCGCCUACAGUCUCGACAAGCCCUCCAAGAAAUCCACAUGAACGAGAUACGCGCCGCAGCGAGUCCCGUCCGGAAGAUCAACCAGCAUCGCAAUCGCGAUCGGCGAGACACUUCUGGGAGUCGAGCCAUGUCCGAGUCCUCCCCCCGCACACCGCGCACGAGCGAUGCGCACCUGCGUAAAAAGGUCGCGCUGCAUAGGAGGCAGAGUCAGCAGCAGAAUCACGGCGGAGGCCAAAAUGCAAACAGCCCGCGGGGCGAUACGCUGACACCCAUGAAGCGCGUGCCUAUCCUCGCAAACUUUGAAGAGUGGAUGAAGAUGGCUACGGACAACAAGAUCAAUGCCGCGAAUUCCUGGAAUUUCGCCUUGAUCGACUAUUUCCACGACAUGAGUUUGCUGAAGGAAGGGGACGGGGUGAACUUCCAAAAAGCCAGCUGCACGCUUGAUGGGUGCGUCAAGAUCUACACAAGUCGCGUUGACAGCGUGGCCACCGAGACUGGUCGGUUGCUCAGUGGUCUUGCGGAUGGCGCAGAGGGAAAGAAGCGAAACAAGGACGACGGCGAGGAAGACGAUGACGAAGAAGGUGACGAGGGCGAGGAUGGUGUGGGCGAAGACGGGGAAGGAAAGAAGAAGAGCAAAAAGAAGAGCGCGCGGAGUCAUGAAGCGACACUUGCACCGGGAUUUGCGAGUUUCCAAGGGAAAAAACUCGAGCUCGAAUUCGCAGUCGACCCCCUGUUCAAGAAGGCGUCGGCAGAUUUCGAUGAGGGAGGGGCUAAGGGUCUCUUGCUGAAUCAUCUGUCCAUUGACUCGGAUGGGCGGAUUGUGUUCGAUAGCAGUGACGACGCAGGUGAUGCGACGCUAGCGGCGGACAAAGACAAAAGCCAGCAUCAGGAUGAGGAUGAUCAAGAAGACGAGGCGGACGCAGCUGUUGCAGAAGCUACGAAAGCCGCUGCGGAAACGGAUGAGGCAGAGAUUGAGGAGCCAACUCGUACACCAGAUGCCGAAGAGCAAGACGAAGAAAUCGACUUGGGAGCCCUUGCAGCAAAGUUCUUCCCUGACCUCGGCGUUCUCGACAACCAGGACGUGUGCCCUUCGAUGAAGGCGUUCACACUCGGCGACCCAUCGGGUGACCUGAAUAUUCCAUUCUUGAAGGCGCCAGACGACUGGCGUGAGCAGAAGAAAGGGUCCACUACGCCUGCGCCACCUACACUUGAUGGGAAUAUCAACUUGUCAGAUCAAACUGGUAUAUUCCUGGACGGUACAAAUGCCAUGGGCUUCGAUGACGAUGACGACGAUGGCGGUCUGCUCGGCGGCUUUGACGUGGCCGAUAACGUUGGCUUCGGCGAGGGCGGUGAGGCGUGGGCAAAGGAUGCAGCGAUCGAGGCGCAGACGCGGGUCGUGCAGGCCGGGGAGAUGGACGAUAAUCUUCUCGAGGGUGACAACAAUGCUUAUGCACUGUCUCUGCAGCACAAGUACCAAGAAGACGCCGAGCACGAGAGCAUAAUGGCGUAUUUCGACAAAGCGUUCAACUCUAGAGCAAAAGGCAAGAUGGCGUUCAUGACACUGGAGAACUGGCGCAUGCAGAAGAUUCAGAAAGCUGCGCAAGCUGAGAAUGCGCCAGCGUCACGACAGCGCAAGGAGAAGGAGCCUUUCGAGAUUGACUUCCUGGGUCCCAUGUCAGAGAAUCUGAAAGAGCUGCUUGAGGCGCCGGCGGUACUGAACAGCCAAAUCAGUCUACCCAAGGCGCAAUGGAAAACCAAGGGACGCAACCUGCUGGACAAGGACGACGAAGUGGUUGAUCCGAGAAAGUUGAUGAGACUAUGGACAAAGCCCAAGUGUCGCGUUGGUCGACGUAAGGGCAAGAUGGGCGUCAUUGAUGAGGGCUUCGGGGCUAGAAAUAGGCUCGCCAUUAUCAACGGCCAGCAAGGCGAUGUUGACGAAGACGAGGAAGAUGAGGGGCGCAAGGGCGAUUACGAUGCCGACUUCUUCGCCGACGAUGAUCAGAUGCCGUUCUUUGAUGGCCCGCUACCCAUUGACGACGAUGACGACGGGCUCGGUGUCGGUGGUAUGGACGUUGGGGACGAGGGUCAGGCCUUCAUGGACGCGAGAGAAAUGUUGUCACCACCUCCACCGGACGGGCAGCAUCAGCAGCAGAAUGACGGAUUCAUGGGCAUGAUGGAAGAUGGUGGCGUGCCGAACCAGGAUUCGCAAGAGGGUGGUGCAGCUAGCCAGGAUCCUCAAGCGCAGCAAAACGUCUUGGAUCUACUUCCGGGCAGUUUCGGCAGUCAACUCGUGACGCAGGCCGGGCGUCGCUUGAGGCCAGAGUAUGUCAAUUAUGCGCGAACGGCGAAGAAGGUGGAUGUGAGGAGGUUGAAGGAGAAUAUGUGGAAAGGGAUGAGUGAGAAAUUGGCAUUGUUGACUAUUAAUGUGUUUGAAAAGCCGACGAGUAAGCAGGAGGAGGAGCAGCAGGAGCAACAACAGCAACAAGUGUCGGCUGCUGAUGAGGAUGUUGACAUGAUGGACGUGGACGUGGACGCUCAUGAAACGUCACAGGAUCAGGACCAACUUCAAGGCGAAUUGCAGCAGCAAGUCGAUGGUGAUGCAGAUCCGGACCGAAGUGUUCAGGGCCAGGCUGGACAAGAGGACGGUCUGAAAUUCACAGAACUCAUCCAGGACCUUCGUGGCGUCUACCCGGAGCAGCAGAUGAAGGACAUCAGCACGAGUUAUUGUUUCAUCUGUCUGUUGCACCUGGCCAACGAAAAGGGCCUGGUCCUCGAGGGUGAGCUCGACGGGGAGAGGGCCAUGCAGGAGAUCAUGGUCAUGAGGGAUAAGAGCGUCGGUGAAGGGUAUGAAGGGGAGUGAUUGAGGAUCAUGUAUUCCGUACAAGCUGAGCAUUUGCCUUUGGUUGGUUUUUUUGGGCACCCGUGUACACACAGUCGUACUCGAAUGAUACCUAAUGAUGAUGAUGUCUUUUUUUCUGGUG